AUGGUGUUUACCUAUAAAAGAAAGACUCAUCGUCAAAAUUGGUCAACAGAGAGUAUGCAACAGGCUGUAAAUGUAAAUGCUGUAAAACAAUUUUUCAAUUUACACGUGGUCAACACUGAAAAAUGCACAAACUCUUCUCGAUUUGUCGUCUUGCUUUUUGACUACACUAAAGAGAAGGUGCCCGAGCCUCAACCAGGGCCAUCCAUUAAAAGGAAUAUGCCCGAGCCUCAACCAGGAUCGUCCAAAGAAAGUGACACUAGUUUGGAGUUUGUAAGACCCCAAGCAAUCUUAUCAGUGACUAAAGUAAAUCAAUACAAGAAACGAUUUGAGAAAGACCAGAUAAAAGAAACUGAGGAAGACACCAACUCAAUAGAAUUAAGACUAUUGAAAUGGACCGACGAUGCAAUUAGAUUUCUUAUUCAGACAUACAAAGAACAUUUGGAAGAGUUUUUGUCAACCAAAGAAAGAAAUGUUAAAGUUUGGAGUCGUGUUUUGAAGGAGCUAAUAGCUAAUGGUUUUAAUUAUACACAAAACCAGUGUAUGUUCAAAUUUAAAUAUUUAAAGUCAAAAUACAUGUUAAAAAAAGAUAACAUGAAGGGAGGUGCAAAUGGCUAG